AUGAAACGACUAAUAUAUGUUUUAUUUGUAUUUCUACUCUUUAUUCAAUAUACAUUAUGUUUUAAUAAAAUAAUUGGUGAUAAUAAUAAUACACCUAACGGUGUACUAAAAUCGAUGAGCAAUUCAUUAAGCUCUAUCUUAAAUAACAAUAUAAAAAAUAUAAAAGAUAGUUUUUUUAAAAACACUGCAAAUGUAACUAAACAUAUAACAAAUUUAAAUGAAGAUAUAUCAAAAAAUAUAAAUUAUAUAAAUUCAAUUUUUAAAAAAAGUCCAGCAGAAGAAUUGUAUAAAAUUGAUAAAUAUAGUAAAGAUCAGUUAAAUAAAUUAAAAGAAAAUCCAGAAAAUAAAUUAUUUUUUUCAAAAUUGUUUAAUUUUAAUUUUAAAUCGUCAGACAAUAGUAACAACGCGAGUGAAAUAUCUCAACAAGAAAAUACAGGUGAGGAAAAAAAAGGGUUUUGGAAUUUUAUACAAAAUAUUAAUAAGGGUCAUGAUAAUAUUAAAGAAAAGUUAGAAAAAGAAAAAAACGAAAACAAGGGUGGAAAUACGAAUGGAAAUACGGAUGAAAAUAAGGGUGAAAAUAAGGGUGAAAAUAAGGGUGAAAAUACGAAUGAAAGUAAAUGGUUCAAAUUUUUAUUCUCUUCAAAUGUGAACCAAAAUAAAGAAAAUGAAAAAGUAGAAAAUGAUUACAACAACAAUGAUAAUAAUAAUAAUAAUAAUAACAAUAUGAUUACUAAAGAGAGUGAUGAAGAAAAUAAAUCAUAUUUUUUCUUUAGAAAAAAAAAAGAUAACAAAGAAACUGAACCUAAACAAGAUGCAAUAAAAACGAAUAACAAUGUGCAAAGUAAAUGGGCAAUUUUUGAUUCAUUUUUUCACACUGAAAAUAAAAACGUAGAAAACGUGGAAAAUGUGGAAAAUGUGGAAAACGUAGAAAAUGUGGAAAGUGUGGAAAAUGUUGUUGAAGAAAAUCAAAAUAAUAAAGAAGAAAAAAAAAACAGUUUUUUUUCUUUCUGGAAAUCUAAAAGUGAUGAAAAUGACGACGAAAAAAAUAAAAACAUUUCAAACGAUAUUGAUGAGUCAAGCUCAGGAAUUAAUAAUAUACAAAAUAUAAACUUGGAUUUAAAAAAUAAAGAUGAUGAUAAUAAAAGUUUAAUGAACUUAGUAAAAUAUUAUUAUGAAGAUAACAAAAAUUUAAAUGAUAAAAAUUUAUUAUCUCUUUUAAAUACAGAACAUAAAGGAGAUACACAUGGGGACAUUUACCCAUUAAUCGAAUUUAAAAUAUGUUUAAAUAAUUGUUACAAAAAUUUAGAAAAAGAUGUUGAUGAAAAUGGAGAUAAACAAAAAAGUUUAAAAAAUUUGUCUUAUACUAAUUAUAAAUCAUUAGAAAAAUGUAUUUCACAAUGUAAAAAUAUAAAUCUUGAUAAUAUAGAUUUAAAAAAUAUAGAAAAAAAUGAAAAAAUUUUAAAUGAUAAAGAAAAUAACAAAAUAUUCGAAAUAUUAAAAAAUGAUAAUAUAAAUUUAAAUGAUAAUAUAGCUCCUGCUUUUUCUGAUUUUAUUGCACUUGAAAAAUAUAGUGAUAAUAAUGAAAAAGAAGAAAAUAUAAAUAUGAAAAAUAUUUCGACAAAAUUAAAAAAUAAUAAUUUUUUAAAUAUGGAAUUUAUAAAAGAUAUUGAUUAUGAUAAAAACCAAAAUGAGAUAGAUAACAUUCCUGCAUCAAAUUUGUCUACAACUUUAUAUAAUGUAAAUUCAAAUAUACAAAAUAAUGCUAUUAAUAAUUUACAUGAAAAAACUUUUGAUGUUUUAAGUAUAUUAGGAAAUAAAAAUGAUGAAACUAAAUUAAAUAAUUUAAAAGAGGAUACAGAGUUUGAUGGAAAUCAUAAAAUGCAAAUUCAAUCGAAUAUAAAUAAUGAUGAAAAUGAUAAUAAUAAAAAUGAUGAAAAGCAUGGAUAUAUUUCUACAAGCUUUUUUCUAUUUAUGGUUUUAAUAACAUUUUUUAUAUAUUUAUCUGCUUUUACUAAUAUAAUUAAUCAGUUUUAUGUAUCAUUUAAAGAAAAAGUUAUAUUAUAUAUUAAAGAAUAUAAAAAUAAAUUAGAUCAAAUUAAUGGAAAAUCUUAUCAGCCAUUUAUAGUAAAACAGUUUAAUCAAAAUUAUAACGAAUCAGCUUCUUAUGAUAGUGUAUAUAAUUCACUUCAAAAUGAAUAUGAAAUUUCAUAA